UUCCGAAGGUGUUCCCUGCCCACGGGGCACCGUCCUCCCGCAGGUGCCCCACGCCCCAGGUGACCGUGCUUCCUCAGGUGUCCCGUGCCACAGGUGACCAUCCUUUCGCAGGUGUCCCUGCCCGCUGGUGACCUCCUUCCUCAGGUGUUUACUGCCUACGGGUGACCGUCCCUCCGCAGGUGUCCCUGCCCGCAGUGACCGCUCACUCGCCCGCGUUAUGGUGGACUUGCUGGUCGGGCGGAGCCUAGUGACCCGCGAGGGCGCAGCGGUGGAGGCCGAGGUGGCGCUGCAGAACAAGGUGGUGGCUUUGUACUUCGCGGCGGGCCGGUGCGCACCCAGCCGCGACUUCACGCCGCUGCUCUGCGACUUCUACACUGCGCUGGUGGGCGAGGCGCGGCGGCCGGCUCCCUUUGAGGUGGUCUUCGUGUCUGUGGACGGCAGCGCGCAGGAGAUGCUGGACUUCAUGCUCGAGCUGCACGGCGCCUGGCUGGCUCUGCCCUUCCAUGACCCCUACAGGCAUGAACUGAAGAAGAAGUACAGCAUCACAGCCACCCCCAAGCUACUGAUUGUGAAACAAAGUGGGGAGGUCAUCACCAGCAAGGGGCGGAAGCAGAUCCGAGAGCAGGGUCUGGCCUGCUUCCAGAACUGGGUGGAGGUGGCUGACAUCUUCCAGAAUUUUUCAGGUUGAAUGGGGAGGGACCUUGGAGGACAGGCCAGGUCUCCCUCCUGCAGCACCAACACUGAGGAAGAGAGGAGCCCCUGAGCUUGCCUUCCUCCGUUGCAUUUUACUUCAAAGCGGAACCACUAAGCAGUGGCAAAAUGUAAAUAUUAUUCAGGAAAAGAUACUUUCCCAUUUUGAUCCUAUAGCUUAUUUAUAGAUAUUUUUAUUUUUGCAUAGCUUUAUCCAUCUGCACUUAGGGAAUGACCCUCAGAUGUCCCUACUAAGCUAUGGGAAAUCUAUGCAAAUCACUUUUUUGUAUGAGUCUCUCAGAUAAAAUGAUCUAUUUAUUGAUAGAUUUUCUAUGUACUAUCUCAUUUUAAUGAUGUGCAUUCACAACUACAUUUAUUAACCAAGUUUAUAGACUGUAGUUUAAUAAAUAUUUAUAUCUUGAACAGCUGUAAUUUCUUCCUUUCAAAUUCCAAAGCAAAUACCAGUAGGAGGAAAAUGGGUCACUCCAUAAAUACAACACUUACUGUUUUGUUUGUCAGAGGUAGUUGUUUUUAUUUAUUUAUUUUUUAUUGCUACCAGGGAUCGAACUCAGGACCUUGCGCUUGCGAGCCAGACACAAUGCCACUGAGCUAAAUCCCCAGCCCAGUGGUAGUUUUUAGUUAUGUGCCGCCUUGGAAUUUUUUCCCCCUUUUCUCAUACAUACUUUGUUUUGUUUUAUUUUUUGAGACAGGAUCU